UUGGCGGACAGCAGCAGACAGUUAUGAGUUAUGUAACGGCCACGUGACCGGGGAGGACCAACGCGGCCGCGCGCUCGGGUCCAGACGGGACCCCGGAUGUCCGGCUGAACCCCUGAACGAGCGCUGCGGUACAUUUUCUUUCAUGAUAUAGUUUUUAUUACAACGCAAAGUCUUGAAAUGUCACCCGUACAUAUCUUCCACUGAGUCCUGCGCGGCCGGGGAGUUUAUUUUGGUUGAAGGAACCCCCCCCUCCCUGCGGGGCAACAUGGUACGGUCCGCGACGCGUCAUCCAUUGUUUACAAAUCAACCUCCCCGGGUUCGUUGCGGCGUGGUGAGAGCGAGGAGCGGCCCGACACGGACGUAAACACCCCGAAACCACGCACCGAAACCCGGGUAGCAGCCGCCAGCAUGCCGUGCCGGAAGGAGGACUACAUCUUCCUGGAGCAGUCCGUGUCCGUGGACUCCAAAGAGGUGGACGCGCUGGUGACGAAGAUCGGAGAGGCGCUGCAGCUGCACAACAACAACAACAACAAUAGCGGCGGCGCGCACCAGAAGACGGUGUCCGUGUCCGUGUCCUGCCUGCACGGGCUCACCGGCACCGGCAGACCGGAGGCCGUGAUCGGCGGAGCAGGAGGAGGUGCGGGAGGAGGUCCGGUGCAGAAGCGCCACGGCUGCUGCAUGCGGCUCCGGACUCACCGGGCGAGCCCGUACUGCGUCCCCGGGUCUAACGGGGACCGGGACUGGGACCAGAUCAGACCGUGGAACAGGAAAAGGAAAGACGACGAGGAGGACCCGCACCGGAUGCUGCAGGACUUGAUUCUCUCGGGGAACCUGAUCAAAGAGGCCGUGAGGAGACUUCAGGUCCCCAGAGCCGCAGACGGCGGGCCGAGCUGAUGCUGCCCCGGGGGGCCCGGGGGUCUCGACCGGUCCCCCCGGUCCCCCGCACGGACACACACUGACUGUUUAUUAGAAUAAAACCUCACAGGACUGGUAGCUAUGCGUUUUUCUAAUUGUAUUUUUGUUUGUAUGAACCGGG